GCCCGGGAGGAGCGGCUGGGGGGCGGAAGUGCCGGGCGGCAGCCUCCCGAAGCCAGCAAACCGGCGGCGGCAGGGCCGCUCCUCCUCCUCCUCCUUCCCGUGGCCCUGAGGGGAGCCGUGGCCCGGCCGCAGCGGCGUAGCGAGCAACAGAAUGUCCGAAGGAGACAGCGUUGGAGAUUCUGUUCAUGGGAAGCCUUCUGUGGUGUUUAGAUUUUUCACAAGACUCGGACAGAUUUACCAGUCCUGGUUAGACAAAUCUACUCCUUAUACAGCUGUACGAUGGGUUGUAACUUUGGGACUAAGUUUCAUCUACAUGAUUAGAGUUUAUCUAUUACAGGGUUGGUACAUCGUGACGUACGCCUUGGGAAUCUACCACCUCAAUCUUUUCAUAGCUUUCCUUUCGCCAAAGGUAGAUCCCUCCUUAAUGGAAGACUCAGAUGAAGGGCCUUCUUUACCAACAAAACAAAAUGAGGAAUUCCGUCCUUUCAUCCGAAGGCUUCCAGAAUUUAAAUUUUGGCACUCUGCCACUAAGGGCAUUCUUGUUGCUAUGAUCUGUACGUUUUUUGACGCUUUCAAUGUCCCAGUGUUCUGGCCGAUCCUUGUGAUGUACUUUGUCAUGCUUUUCUGUAUCACCAUGAAGAGGCAAAUAAAGCAUAUGAUAAAAUACAGGUAUAUACCAUUCACACAUGGGAAGAGGAAAUACAAAGGGAAGGAAGACAUGGGGAAGACAUUUGCUAGUUAGAAUCUGAACUGACCCUGUCGCCACAUAAUCCGAGAAGAACCGUUUUGAGCCAUUGUAACAAUGCCUUUUUUCUUCAUAUAAAGUAGUUGAUUACGAGGGAGUCGAAAUUUUCUUUGUAAAAAGGAUCUUCAAUUAUUUGUAACUGAAAUGCCAGAGAGGUUCUUGAAGACGCUGGCAUUUAAACCAAAUUGCAUCGAGUUCAUUUUUCGGUCAUGUCACGUGUUUCACUCUGAAGGGAUUCUGGUAGACUGCGACAGUGGGUGAACAGUCUUAUGUUAAGGUGACAUUUCUCCGUCACCAUCACAAUCCGUUUGCAUGGCCCUCGAGUGCUUCAAGUGUGAGUGGGGAAGGAGGGAGGGAAGCAUGCUGGGAGCUGCUUUUUGCUUUCCUUCAUGGUACUCAUGAGGAUGUCUCUUAAGGCCUCCCUCAGAUGCAGUCGACGACCUUCAGCUGUCUGGGCACAUGCAUGAUAUUUGGGGGCCAUAAUCAAGUCAUUGAAUAUAGAUCUGAUGAUAAAUUGAAUGCUGCCUUUUUCCUAAAGAACUUAACAUUUUAAAGGUGAUUUUCCAGUAACUGUGUAUGGGGAUCUAAUGCCAGUUUCUUAAUUGCAUCUUACUAGAGAUGUUUAAAGUUUGGCUCUUUUCAUAAUGACUCAAAACUUUGUUCUUAAUGACCAUGAUUUCUUUUGAGGGCCCUGAAUUAUAAAUAUAUAAAUAUAUAUAUUUUCAUUGUUUGAAA